UUCUCUUCUCUUCAUACCUAAUCCAAAACGCUUAAAAAGAAAAUGAAUAACCAUUAUUAAAAUCAAAACCAAAACCACAGAACUAGCCGUCGCCGGAGAAAUGAACAUUCCGGCAAACAUAUCUCCGUCAUCCAUAAAUAAUGCGCGUAUCUCCGAUCAUCGCCGCCAUGUGUUUCACGAGAAGUUUAGUCUAGAAGUUUUGUAAUACUUUUCCCUAAAAAUGGAUAACAAAUCAUAGAGUAGAGUGCGUAGCUUUUAAGAAGAUUUUCAAUAUUUUGCAAUUUUUUGUUGUUGUAAAAUCAUGCCUCCGAUGAAGAUCCAACCGAUCGACAUCGAUUCUGAGAAGCUGAAUCAAAUGACAGCGGUGGUUCGAAACGACGCCGUUAAGCCUGUGUUGAAAUCGCGGCUGAAAAAGUUCUUCGUGUUCGACCGGCAAUUUACAAACGUGUCUAAGAUUUCCUCUAAACCUGUUUCCGGCGAAGUUCCACUAUCCGCCGAUAGGUUCAGUGAACAUUUCGAGCCGAGCUCAGUUUGUUUAGCUAAAAUGGUUCAGAGUUUCAUUGAAGAGAGUAACGAUAAGCAAACGCCGGUGUCUAAAUUUGCUCGCAAUAGCUGCAAUUGCUUUAACGGGAACAGUAACGAUAGCUCCGAUGAUGAACUUGAUUUCUUCGGUGAAUCCAUCACUUCUGGUUCUGUCAAUGACGCCGGUGACGCGCUCAAGAGUUUGAUUCCAUGUGCGAGUGUUUUGGAGAGAAAUCUCUUAGCUGAUACAUCCAAAAUAGUUGACAGAAACAGCAAAGUUUUCAAGCGGAAAAACGAUUUGAGAAAGAUCGUUGCAGAAAAUCUUUCUUCUCUAGGUUAUGAUUCUUCCAUAUGCCAUUCUAAAUGGGACAAAACACCAUCUCACCCUGCCGGUGAAUAUGAAUACAUCGACGUGAUUGUGGAAGGUGAGAGGUUGAUUAUAGAUAUUGAUUUUCGAUCUGAGUUUGAGAUUGCUAGAUCGACGGGAACAUUCAAGGCGAUUCUUCAGUUUCUUCCUUACAUUUUCGUUGGUAAAUCGGAUCGGCUCUGUCAGAUCGUUGCCGCUGUAUCGGAAGCGGCUAAGCAGAGUUUGAAGAAGAAAGGAAUGCACGUUCCGCCGUGGAGGAAGGCGGAGUAUAUGCUAGCUAAGUGGCUCUCGGCCUCCUGCACGAGAGCGAAUCCGUCGGCAACCUCCACUGUGCAAGACUUGAAGGAGGAGGUCAGUGAUAGUGCUGAAUCGGAGAGUGUUUGUGGUGAGAUGGAAUUGAUCUUCGGCGAGGAAAAGAGUUUGCCGGAUUCGAAAAGUGUUUCCGGUGGUGAGAAAAGCUUGUCGACGGUGGUGAAGCCUACUUGGCAACUACCGGCGGUGAAAGUAAAGAGUGUUGAGAGAGGUGCCAAGGUGGUGACUGGAUUAGCCUCCCUGCUCAAAGAGAAAUCAUAGAGAAAAUUUUGCACUUUUUUUUGGGUAAUGUUAAUUAGAAAAGAAAAAGUAUAAUCAAAAUUAAAAGGACUUUUUUCAUCUUCAAAUUUUACUGUUCUCUUUAUUUUCGCCAUAUGUUUUUUACUUUGGAGUUUGCAAGAAGGGAAACUAGUUUUGAUGCCACUCAAUGUAAUAAAAUAAAGGAGCUGAAUUAAGUAGGAAAUAUUCGACAAAAAUGGAAGUGGAGAACACUACCUUACAAGUUGUUUGUUUUAAGACAUUAAUUAAUCCAUGUCAUUAUAAAGAAUGACAUUAAUUGAAAAAUACAAAAAAAAAACGUAUAUAUUUCAAAAUACAAUUUUCAAAU